GUCUUGGAUUUAUCAAUUAGUAUCGUAAAAAACUGAACAUCUGUUAACAAUUGAUAUAUUUCUAAUGGUUUUAUCUGAAUCCUUCUAACAGUGAUAAAAUGAUAAGAAAAUAAAAUGAAAGAAUUAUCGAAAAAAUAUCACUUUACAUCCGUUGUCUUGUAAAGAUGCUGUUGUGGAGUAUCUUUUUAUCUUUCAUCACCUUGGUAUGGAGCCAUGGAAGGCUUCUGGAACCACCGAGUAGAUCUAGCAUGUGGAGAUUCGGUUUUAAAAAUCCCGUUAAUUACGACGAUGAUUCUCUUUAUUGCGGUGGAAUCUCGGUUCAUUGGAAUAAAAAUGGUGGAAAAUGCGGGAUAUGCGGUGAUCCGUGGAAUCAACCAGAACCUAGAGACAACGAAGACGGAGGAAUUUACGGUAAUAAGAUCAUCGCUAGAACUUACAAAUCUGGACAGGAGAUAGAUACCAAUGUUUAUUUAACUGCCACGCAUCAGGGAUAUUUCGAAUUUAGAAUCUGUCCCCUGAAGACACCCGAUCAAAAGGCGGAUCAGGAGUGUUUAGAUCAAUAUCUUUUAGAGAGAGCCGAUGGUAAAGGAACGAAAUUCCCUAUUCCUCCAGGUGCAAAACCCGAUAAUUAUCCUGUUAAGUUGAAGUUACCCCAAGGACUUACUUGCGAUAGAUGUGUCUUCCAGUGGCACUAUCGUACAGGUAACAGCUGGGGCAUUUGUGAAAAUGGUAAGGGAGCACUGGGUUGUGGUCCUCAGGAAUAUUUCCGUGGAUGCGCCGAUAUCGCCAUUAAAUAAAAGAAAAUUCUUGUAAUUUCUACAUGAUAUUCAGAACUUUUUUUUUCUUUCUUUAAAUUAUCAAUAAAUGCAUUGUUACUGUUAAAUAUACAUAUAUUUAUUUAAUAAAAACCAACAUUUUCGUACACAAGAACUUUAGAAAAUGCAAUUUAGAUUUACGUGAAAUAACUUACCUAUAAAAUCUAUAAUUGAGAUAUAUUAAUGAUGAAAGAUCGGUUACAUUCAACAAGUUUGCUUUUGAUAAAACCAAAAGUGAUUGAUAUCGUUUCUAAAUCCGGUUAUCAUGAUGUUGCUCUAAAUUUCAUAUUUAUACAAUGAUCCAUAUCAACGAAGGAGAAAGAUUUAACAUUUAUAUAA